AACAGUUUACACAAAACAGUAGAAGGACUGCAAAAGAAAGAAAACAUGUCGAAAUUGAUGCUUUUUGGAUGCUCUCUUCUCUUUUUAUUCGCUAUUUUGGUGAAUGAUUGUGAUUCGUUUCCAUAUCAGCAUUUGCCCAACCGAGAAGGCUAUGUGCCCGUUUAUAUUCGUUUAGGUGAUACGCCUUUGACUGAAAUAAACCCAGAGCUGGCCAUCGCAUUUCAUGAGGUUGCUGUAAAUGGACGACAAUUAAAAUCUAACGACGAUUAUGCCAACGACCCAAUGCAAGAAAUAAAGAUAGCCCAAAUUGAGAAAAGAAUCGAUAUUGACAACAGCAGCAAUGGUGAUGAACAUGUUGAACCGCAACCGACAGAACAUAAAGUGUAAUCAUAUCUUCCAGCUAAAAUUCGUUUUAUGCAAUUUCAAAACUGGAAAAUUAUCACAUUUUUUGUUUUUUCAUCAAAGUAUUAAAUUUUAGUUGCUUUUAUGAGUCAAUUAUGCCAACAACAUUCAACACAAUAAAAGUAUUAGUGAUAAACGAAUGAC